CCUUAACAAACUCUCCUAAAGGAAGCGCACUUCACCCUUGUCAAACUGUCCUGCUCAUGACUCGUGACAGACAAUCCUUCAAAAUACGAUGUUCAUUCUCAGCCCUAUAUUAUUAGCAUUUCCCUCCGCUUUUCCAUCGCCAAAACAAAUAAAAAGAAACCUCUAAAAUCUCUUUGUUUCCAUUUCCAUUUUUUCAGCCAAACACAAACCAUGAGAGAAAUCCUUCACGUUCAAGGAGGCCAAUGCGGGAACCAAAUCGGCGCCAAUUUUUGGGAAGUCAUCUGAGGCGAGCAUGACGUGGAUCCUACGGGAAUGUACCAAGGACAAGGAGAUGGAACCUCUGAUCUUCAACUGGAGCGAAUCAAUGUGUAUUACAAUGAGGAUUCCGGUGGAAGGUACGUUCCUCGUGCGGUUCUCAUGGAUCUUGAACCCGGUUCCAUGUAUAGUAUCAGAUCCAGUCCUUAUGGCCAGAUCUUUAGGCCUGAUAAUUUCGUGUUUGGACAAUCCGGUGCCGGCAACAACUGGGCCAAGGGUCAUUACACUGAAGGAGCUGAGUUGAUUGAUUCCGUUCUUGAUGUUGUUCGUAAAGAGGCUGAGUAUUGUGAUUGCUUGCAAGGGUUCCAGAUAUGCCAUUCACUAGGAGGAGGAACAGGCUCUGGGAUGGGAACUCUCUUGAUAUAAAAAAUCAGAGAGGAAUAUCCGGACAGGAUGAUGAUGACAUUCUCUGUUUUCCCUUCACCUAAAGUCUCCGACACUGGUGGAGCCUUAUAAUGCAACACUCUCUGUGCACCAGUUGGUAGAGAAUGCAGAUGAAUGCAUGGUCCUUGACAAUGAAGCACUUUAUGAUAUUUGCUUCCGGACUCUGAAGGUCACUACUCCAAG